AUGGCAGCGAUGGUCGAUUCCGAGACCUUCGUUCUUUGUGAUUUGUCCUCCAGCAGACUUCCAAUUUUGCACGCCAGCCCUGGCUUUCAGAAGAUGUACGGCCAGGGCGGGAACAGCUUUUUGGAUGUGCUGGAGGUGAAGGCAACGCCUGAGAACCUCUAUGAAGUGGCAAAUAGACAGCUGGGCUUUGUCGAGAUUGACAAUGGGAUGGAUUUCUUGGCGUCUGAGGUCAAGAAUUAUGCGCAAGCAGCAAUGCAAGAGCAGCCUGAACACCCGCUGCUGUUCAUUAACCAGAAGAGCUGUGGGCAAUUGUUCACCUGCGAGAUGCAGCUUACACAAAAGCAUCAUCCGUCCUUGGGCUGGUCCUACCUGGUGGCCACCCAUCGCGAUGUCACCUCCGCUUUACCGGUCUCCGAAGUCUUGAAAGCGGCACAGAGCCCCAGCAGCUACAGCACAAUGUGCACCCGCUGGGCGCAGAAUGGCGCAGGAGCGGCGCUUCCAAAAGUCUAG